GAAAGUUCUUCAGACAAAGAAGUUAUCAUUGUUGGACAUAAAUGUACCAGGCUAUUCCAAGAUUCUAUUCUUUGGAAUGACACUGAUGGUGGAAUGUUGGCACUUAAGCCUUGUCCCUCAGGAUACCAAGGAAAUAUGUAUCGGCCAUGUUUUAGCAGUGGAAGGUGGGGGAGUGUAGACUACAGCGAAUGCCGAUUAGAUCACUUAGGACGCAUGCGUCAUAUGAUUAUUCACCAAGUACAGAAGGGCAUGCUGGGUAAUAUGUACAUUCUAGCUGAGGAAUUUUCGAAGUACAUAUCUUCGGUAGAUAUGAAAAGCCCCAUGGACCGAUUGGAAGCCUUUGAAAUUUUAAAUAUUUUCCUCAAGCUGGACAUGAAUUUAAAAAUGGACAAGACGAGAGACACUAAAUACAUUCAGACACUUUUGCAUUCAUGUAAUGAAUUGAUAAAGAAGAAAACAGUGUUAUUCCCUCCGGGAUCGCAAGAAAACAAACUUAUCACAGAAAAAGCGGUUGAAAUGGUUUUUGAUUUAACACAUUUUGCUGAGAGAUGUUUGAGAGGAUUACUUAAAACUCAAAAGAAGCAGAUUGCAUUUAGGUCUUCUCCAAAUGUCGUGUUAUUACUGUACAGAGGAAAAUUAAGCGGACAAUUGACUUUGAUGAAUUUUACAAGUGAACUCGAACGAGAUGAUGAAGUGUCCUCUUUAUUCAAUUUAGAGAAAACUCUUCAAAGAAGCGCCUAUGCGCUCAUCUGGAUUAAAGGACUGCGCGGCCUUCUGUCUACAACAGAACUGCUGGUGAACAGCGAUGUUGCCGUUGCCACUAUUUUAUCUCCUUUGAACUCUCUCAACCACAUGGCACAUCCACCGACAUUCGACAUCGGAUUGCGGAUGGAAAAAGCACAAUUGGAUGGCUAUACUUUAGAAUGUGGUCAGUUGUGGAACAUGACUCAACUCUGGAAUACGAAAGACUGCAUCAAAGCCAAUAUCAAAGGGGACAUUGUAACAUGCCGGUGCCAUCACUUGGGAAGUAUAGCUCUGCUGCUUCAGGAGGAAUCUCAUGGAAGCUCCCUGAAUCCAAUACCACCAAUAGGAAAACUGAUAUCGGCUAGCUGUAUCAUUUCGCUGACUGUCACCGUAUUAACUUUAAUAGUUAACUUCUUUUUGAAAAGGGGUGAACAGCAUCUAUCCAUCUUUAUCUUUAUAAAUCUAAUUGUGUGCAUGGUUGCUAUCCAAGUAAUACUUCUGUAUGGUGUCAACAAAGAAGAUCAAACCGAGCUUUGUAUGAGUUUCGCUAUGCUUUUGCAUUACUUGUUCAUCGUGCUUUGCUGUUGGGUUGUCGCUUAUAGUGUCAACUUACUGAAACGAUUGAAGAGUAACAUGGAAUACACUGGCAGACCUCGAGAUUAUUGCGCUGUUUGUUGGAUAGCCCCGGGAAUCAUGCUCAUCGUAGCAUUCGUCUUGAAUCCCCACGGUUACGAAACCACAAUGUACUGCUGGAUGAGCAUACAGAGAGGCAUUUUAUGGUCAUUUGUUUUCCCGGUGACUGGACUGAUUAUGAUUAAUACCAUCGUCAUGAUUUUGGCUCUGAAGACUUUUAAUGAACAGAUGUCUGUUACUCACAGGACAGAGAUAUGUAAAACCAGAAAUUCGCUGAGAGCAGGAAUUACAUUGCUACCCUUCUUUGCUACCAACUGGUUUUUCGGAAUACUUGCAGUUGAAGAUUCGUUCAAUACUGGACUCCAGGCCAUCUUCUUCUUUACAAAUGCUAUGCAGGGUAUUUUGACAUUUGUCUUCUUCUGUUUAAUGGAUACCAACAUUCAAGCCUCUUUCCGUAUGAAAGUUGCAGAAGUGUCCCGCAAACCAAAGGUCUCUGCCAUGAAACUCACCAAAAGCGGCUCUUUUCCAAUCCUGGAACGAUCCUUGAUCACUCUGACCGAUGACCGCAGACGACUUGAUUGUACCCCUUUGCUGGCAAGUAGAAUGGCUUACCAUGAUGUUGCCGAAGAUCCUUGUUGUUCAAACAUUCGUGUCUAAAUAUAAUGUUGGAUGUUAUCUAAGUAAUUAUUUUCUUUGAAGGAAGCAUGGUCACAUUAUUUAUUAAAAUUUUUUCGAAAAAAAAAAAAGCGAAUCAUAUUUAAAACACACAUUAUCCAUUUUAUUGUUUUAAAAAAUUGGAUACUAAAUUAAAUUACACAAUCCGUCCUUUUUUGGAUAAAUUCUCAAAAACAAAUCGCUUGUUUCCUAUAAGUUCAUUCUUUGUUUUGUUAAAGGCCAUGAAAUUAAAUUCGAAGUGAAAUGGUGCUCAUAUAAUGUUAUUAUUAAUCAUUUUUAAAAGUAAACAAUAAAACUUUUGACUAUGACUAUUAACAUCGUAGAUAAAAUAAAAAAGGAAUAGAUUUUAUAGUAAGUUUAGACUCUAGUUUUUAAGUUUUUUUAUUUACUUAUUUAAUAUAUAUUCUUCUUAUUCCAUCAGAAAAAUAUGGAAUAAUAAAAUUUUCAAAUUAUUAGACUCUAAAUCCAAUAAAUGAUUAAAAACUCAUUAAGGUUCUAAAUAUUUUUUAAAAAAUGGUGGUGCAUAUAAGAUUUUUGGAUUACUUAAUGUUACAAGUGUCAAAUAUUCUCAUCUUGAAAAGAAACAAAGCUGUUCAUUUAUUUCCAAAAUUUUGUAAAUACUUCUUUACAGAUUAAAAAUUUUUUUGAAAUAAUAGAUUAACUUACUUUGUUUAUUUUAUGUCGUUAUAAUAUAAUGUCAUUAUAUAAUAAUUAUUUUUUUCAAAAUUCUAAGAACAUCCCAAACCAAUAAUCCCUUAUUCCAAUGCAAUAAUCUUGCCCGCUUUGUAAUUAUUUUAAAAAUCUAACCACUAACUACUUUUUGUAGAAUUUUAACAUGAAAAUGUAUAAUAAUAAAAUUUUCAUAAUAAUUUAAAUGGGAGAAAUAACCGUUUUUAACCUAAGAAUUAAACCGCAUUUAAGGUUCAAUAAAUUUUAAUAAUUUAAUAUGCUUUUACAAAAACGAUAAAAAAAUAGUUAUAAAUACAUCUAUAAAUAAGUAAAACCCUUUGUUGAAUUGUUGUUAACAAGUAUAUUUUUAUUCAGAGAAUGCACAGCAGCUUAUUAGAAAAUCCAAUCAUUAAUUAGCUGAAGUCAAAUUUGUAUAAUGUUGUCAAUUAAGUAAGUUGUUUCCUUCAUAGAAAAUAAUACUGCCAUUUAAAUAAACAAAACAGUAGAAUAAAUGUUUACGAUUUGAAAAUAUCUAGACGUUUGUCAUGUUCAAAUAAAAAUUUCAGAUGUUUAAUUGCAUUACAAAUGCCCCUUUGAUGGAAUAAUUGUUCAAGCUUAUUCAAUGUCAUUUGUUAUUUAUUUACCAAUGUUUUUUCCAACAAACUUUAUUAAAUUUAAAUC